CAUGCAGGCUGAAUGCAGUACCACUGAUAAACCCUCUAUCUCCACUUCCCCAAACUUCUACAUCUGACUCAUCUUUCUUUCCAUCAGUCAUUUUUCUCUUUCUGACAGGCGGACAACGCGAGUCAAUUCCACCGACAGAGAUGAAGUCUUUGCUGACACUGUCAGUGUUUUUGGUGCUCAUAAAGGAAGACAAUGGAGAGAAACCAGAAGUGUCUCGCCUGCCGAGAUUCCCACAGGUGUAUGUUGGAGACGACGUCACUUUCAUCUGUAAAGGAGGAAGCAACCCAACAAAAUGGAUUAUUAACGGAAUAGAACAACCCCAUCAGAAUCAUGUAAUGCUUCUUACCACAGUGACACCACACAACAAUGGGCAAUAUGAAUGUGAGCAGAACGGAGAGAAGAGUGUUCCGGUCCCCCUCACUGUACUGGUGCUGGAGGCUCUUGCUCAGCUCUCCCCAUCUGUAGGAGGUGCUGUGAUAACUAAAGGAGAAGGAAGAAACCUGGUGCUGCAGGUGGACGAUGCUGAAGAACUCCACAACUGGAAGUGUUUUGCGUUGCGUGGCGAGAGUGGAGUCAAAUUUAAUAGAAUUGAUGUUAAUAAGAAGUUGAAGAGGGCUGUUAUCUUUGCAGAACUCAAAGAAGCAGAAAGAGCCACUUUCUGGUGCCUGAAUAAAAACAAAACACAUCGAAGCAAUGCUGUGACACUGAAGAUGACAGAUAAACUGGUGAUGUUGGAGCCUCCAGCUGCUCCAGCGCUGCUGGGUGAUUCUGUGGCUCUCAGGUGUGUGGCCUGGGGUGCAGAGAAAGUGGAAAAGGCAACUUUCUAUAAGAAUCAAAUAGAAAUCCCAGACAUCACUGCAGAUACAUAUAAUAUCACUGCCACACCAGAAGCUUCCGGCACAUACCACUGCCACGCCACCUACAGGUACAGCCACAUCAGUGCAACCGCUGCAGAGAAGGAGGGAGAUUCUGAUGCCCAGGAGAUCAAAGUUAUAGAUGGACCUCCUGCUGCAAGUAUUACAGUAUCUGGGCACUACCUAGAGUGUUCAUGUCCUAAAUGUCCCGAUAACUGCACGUCCUGCUACUGGUAUUACACACCAUUUAAUGACAAGUACAACCGCACAAGACUGCCUGAAGACAAUCCUACUAUUUAUCUUAAGGAAGCAGGAAAUUACUCCUGCAGGAUGAACUGUGGAAAAGGUUUCUCCCGUUUCAGCCAACAUUACAGACACAAAGCACAAUCUGGGUCAGGAAAUGUGUUGCCCAUCAUCCUCGGGUUACUUCUGUUGGUCAUUGGGUUGUUGAUCGUGGCGCUGGUUGCGAAGAAGCAGAGAAAAAAGAGGGAAAGCAACAUUCAAGAGGCCAAUAAAGACAAAACAACAGGUGGAGACUAUGAGCAACUCCAUCUUAAAGAUACUGCGGUUUAUCACACUCUGGGUGAGAGCACGGGCAAGGACAAGGCUGAGGGGGAAUAUGAGCCCCUGAAAAAGACAAAGGAAGAGACAGUGUACCACACACUGGGAUCUGGAGAAGGUCAAAGUCAGGGUGAAGGUGGGUAUCAGGGUCUCGAGAGCGUCAAAGCCGAGGUCUACCAGACACUGAGUUCUGAAGGUCAAAGUCAGGGUGAAGGAGGGUAUCAGGGUCUUGAGAGCGUCAAAGCCGAGGUUUACCAGACACUGAGUUCAGAUGCCUCCAAAAACCCAGAAGGAGAAGCAGGGAAAGCAUUUGAACAUCUCUCUCAGAAAGCCGGAGAGGCCUUGACAGAGGAGGAAAAUCCAUAUGAAGAACUGAAGGCUGAGAAACAGAAAAAGGAGCCUAGCAAAGAGACAGAAUGAGGAAACCAGGAAGAAAAAGGGCCACAUUAAAGGGCUAGAUCACAAAAAAAAAGACAAUUCUGUCAUCAUUUACUCACCUUUUACUUGUUUCAAACAUGUUUGAGUUUCUUCUGUCAAACACAAAUAAAGCUAUUUUCAAGAAAGCUGGAAAGCUUGUUUUUCCUAAUAUGGAAGUCAAUGGUUACAGGUUUUCAGCUUUCUUCAUAAUAUCUUCUGUGU